ACAAGUUAUUGCAACAGACACUGUGACAGAAAAUUUGAAAGAACAAAUUAUUGGAACAGACACUGUGACAGAAAUUUUUAAUGAAGAAAGGAUUGCAACAAACCCUGUGCCAGAAAAUUUGAAUGAACAAAUUAUUGCAACAGACACAGUGGCAGAAACUUUGAUAGAACAAAGGUCAACCCCAGCUGUUGAGUUAUAUUUUUCAGAAAAUGAGUUUAUGGGUGCUAGUUGUAGUACUAUAUCUGAGUCUCAAAAAUCUGUUAUUCAUUCUUCCACAAACACUCAUCAUUCAGAUUUUAUUUUACUUGGCAAUGUGAACAUGGGAUCUGAAGAAGAAGUCCCUGGAAUUAAAAUUCUCCCUACAUUUGGUCGAAAUAUUGUCGAUAAUCGUGUGACAGGAAACAAACAAGAUAUGAGGAAGAUGGGCCACAUCCCAAUGUUUGAUAAAAGCUCUAUGACUUAUGACAUUGUAUCUUCUGUUCCAGAUACAGAAAAUAUAAGGGAACAGCUCAGGGAAUUGCUUAGCAUAUUUCCACAUUGCCGUAUUGAAGAUUUGCAGGAAAUCUUUGAGAGAUGCAAUAGGGAUAUCAAUUGGACUGUAGAUUUGUUGUUGGAAUCUGCCAAUCAAGGAAUUGAGAUUUCAACUCCAAAUAGUUCUCACGAAAUUGAACCUGAAACAUCUUUACAUGUUGAAAUAAGUCCUUUUACAGAAAAUAGUGAAAUGAUAGAAAGCUCUAACUCUGGAGUCCCUGAUAAUGCUAGUCUCCCUGCUGAAAGACUGGCGUCUGUUUCUGUGCACUUGUCAUCUGAAACUUCUAUGAAAUCACCAUUACCAAGUAAACGCAAUGGUAAAAAAGAUCGAACACCAGUUUCAGAGAUGUCUCUGCUUCUCAAAAAGCAACUUGAGGAAAAUAUUGUUAUUAACGAAGAGCAUUAUUCUGAGCACGUUUCUCGCCUUCGGAAGUUACGCCAUGGCGAAAUAACAGAUUUAACGGAGGUGUCUGGGAGUGUCCAGGAGGUUGCUGAAAAUAUAGAUGAACAUAGCCGUUCUCAGACCCUUUUAGAUGCAAGUCCAAAUGAAUUGCUGCUUCAAGACACAAAUGAUCCUGCUUUAGGUGCUAGUUACUUUCUUCAAUCAGAAGAACCAGAAUGGGGUGUGCAUGAGAUGGUAGCUAAGGACAUGGUUGAAGAGGAAGAAGAGACAGUUGCAAUAAAAAUUGAUUUGAGUUUUGCUGAACAGCUGCAUAACUUGUUUGGUACAGCCAACUUACCAUUUAAUCGAGAUAUGAGACCAACCUUGAAUUUACCGCUGACGUUGGCACGCCAACUUCAUUAUUAUAUGAUGGAGGCUGAACAAAAUACAUAUGAUCUUAUGAUGCAAGAAGAUGAGGAAUUGGCUCGUAAUCUCCAAGUACAAGAAGACCAUGUUAGUGCAGAGGCUCUUGUGUCAUCUGCCAAUCAGGUGCCUGACUUGCGUGAAAUCAUGGAUAUGGAAAUGGCCCUUGCUCUGUACAAAACAGAUCAGAAACAAAAUAGUCCUGAAACUAAGGAAGAUCUUGCUACCAAACUGACAAAGAACUUGCUAUGUGAGUGGUUUCCUUCUCUCCCGAAGGAUGUCCUUGUCAAUGUGUUUGAGGCUCACAAUCAUUCCUUUGAGGAAACAUUGGAAGUUUUGCUAGCUUCGACUGAAGAAGACAAUUCAGUGCGCAUUGUAAUGUCUCCUGAAGCACGUGCAGCUCAUGAAAAGGCUUUGCUUGAGAAAGCAAACUUGGAAGGCGAAAAGAACAAGGAGAAUGUGCGACCAUACUCAAUGGAGGGUGAUGAAGUUUCACAAGAACAAGCUUUAAAAGAUGCUAACUACUUUCGGUCGGAAGCAAGUAGACACUAUGAUCUUCGAAAUGAAUGUCAGAGGAAAGCUCAGAGUGCUUACCAACGGGGACUUACAGCUGCUGCAUCAUAUUAUUCUCAAAUGGCAUCAUUACACAAAGAAAGAAUAGAAGAAAAUAAUGCCAGAGCAGCAUCUAGUUUGUUGCUUGCCCAUUCGUUGGGCAAUUUGAGCACCACUCUGGAUCUUCAUUUUUUGUAUGUAGUGGAAGCUCUUCAAGUAUUGGACAUGUUUUUGGACCAUCACAUACAUCAACUUCUGGAGUCGAGUCAUCGGUCAGUACCUGUUUUUGUUAUCACUGGAAGAGGAGCUCGCAGUUCAGGAGGCAGAUCUCGCAUAAAACCAGCUGUUGUGCAACGACUUGACCAAAGGGGUCUGCGCCACGAGGAAGUGAAUCCAGGACUUCUGAAAGUUGUCAUCACCAGAAAUGCUUCAACCAGCACAAGAAUUGGUAAUUAAGUAUUGUUUUAGCACUUGGUGGUCCGUCCAUGUGACAUUUCUGUUUUUCCUUUUUAUAGUUAUUUUCAAGAACUGCUCACUAAACAUAUAUGCAAUUGAGUAUAUGUUCAAACUUUGCACUGCCAUUCUAAUACUUAAGUGUAUGGCAAUUUAUUAAUUUUACUGAUGAAAUAUGUGUAUGCACGGGAUUUUAGAAUGUCAGAAGAUGAAUGUUCUUGAAGUGUACUGUGUAUUUCACAAGAUUGAUUAUGAAUGAUGUGUGGUCUUUUAGAGACAUGGUGCUAGAAUCAUGACUUUUGUAUCUGAAAUCUUGUUAAUCAUUGUACAAUGUUUUAUAAAGAGAUAUUUUUGUAUAAUUAUGAACCUAUAAUUGCUAUUUGUGGUAAAUCCAUUAUUCUGUGUAUUUAUAUUGUCAGAGGUUUGUUUUGAACUAUUCAUAUAAAGAGUAAGUUUUAAUUAAAUACUUAUUCAAUCUUGUAGAACUGGUGUGUUUUAGUAUGUUUUACAGUAACAAUAUUGUAAGUGAUGGAAAAUAUCUUCACCAAAAAGAUUAAGUUUAGGUAUAAUCUAUUUUGGACCAAUUAUUUUGAGUUAGUGUAUUGAUAGUUGUAUAAAUUCUUUUUUAGAAUUUUCAAAUAAUGUUUUUCAUGUUGAGUUGAAUGUCUUUUUACUCUGUUAAAAACUAUUUGGUCUUUAUUUGUGCUUGUUACCGUAAAUGCAAAAAUAUAAAAUGUGUGUGUUUCUACCUUGUUAAAGAUGCUUUGAACUUGGAAUAAUAACUUUUGAGAAUAAUGACAGCUUUAAAAAUAAGUGUAUUUUUUAUUUUAAGGUUGUAUUGUUUGCAUUAUAUAUUUUCUAUUAUGUAAGUCAAUUUUCCAGUAUGUUAUAUAUUUCAAUGAGGAACUGUGUAAUUUAGUGUCCAUGAAUAAUUACAGGUUUAAUAUUUAGUUUUAAAAUAUUUGCUGUUACCUUAAUAGUAUGUUUUAUCCAUUUCUUAUGCCACAAGUUAAGCUCAGUAUUCAAAAGAUAUAAACUUAUCUUUUGAAUAUUCAGAAUGUAAAUUACCUUAUCAUUUUCUAAAAGAGAUGUAGAUGUUGCGUACAUCUCUUAUUUAUUUUAUCAUUGCUAUGAAGACUACUUUCUAUUAAAUAAGGGUUUACGUAAUAGUCUACACCUCUUUCAGUGAAUUUGAUAUGAUUUGUGAUGUGUACUCCAUACAAAAAACAAAAUAUUUUAACUUUGUGCAACUGUGAUGUAAAUAAUUUUUAACAGUAACAGUGUUUUAUUGCUAUUGUACAUUUUAGUUUAUUCAUAUAUUGUGUUUUAAUGUAUUGCUCAGUAAGUUCAUUGUAAAUUUGUUGUACCUAUCUAAUUGUUUGUUCUAGUCUGUUGAGAAAAUACUAUAUUAUUCUGCAAUGCAUCAUUCUUGUCAUGAGAGCGAUCAUUUUUAUUCAUUUUACAUAAUAACUUUGUACUUAUUUCAUUGCUGGGGAUAAUAUUUACUCAUUGUUUCAAAUUGAGGUAUUGUUUCAUUUACAGUAUGUUUGAUUUUACUUGAAUGUGAUUGGUAGUAUUACAUUGAAUUGUGAAGUCUAUAGUUUUAUUGUUCCUAAAAAUGCAAAGACAUUGGAUAUAAUCAGUAUUGUGACAGAGAAGUGCUAUUAUUGCUCUUUCCUCUCAGUACUGGAAGAAAAUCCACUUGUAUUGUAAUAUUGUUCUUUGUAUCUCAUAUGCAACAGUAGUAAAGUCUCUUAUUGAAAGAAAAUGUAUGUUCUUGAUGCAUAAUUUAAAAAGUAUUUAUGAUUCCUUGUGUUGAGAUUGUACAAAAAGAGGAUAUAUUUGCAAGACUGACAUCUUGUUAUGAAUGAAUUAUAUUUUGAGAUUUAUAUUCUGUAAUGUUGUAUAAUAGUUGUUUUUUCAGCAUUAAUAAUGUAUUCUUUAAAUGAACUAUAUGAAUGAUUUACUUUCAAAUCAUGUUGACUACCUCUUGGUUUGUUUUACUUCUUCAAAUGUUUUGCUUACACAUGGAGAAUAGUUCCAUUGAAAUUACAUAUAAGUAAUUUAUUGUGAAAUAGUGCAAAACAAAUGAAAUGAGAGUACAAUUCUUAAACAUUUUGGUAAUUUUUAUUUGUUUGGUUAUCAAAUGGUUACCAAAAUGAUAUAAAAUUUACAAAAUAUUUUUCUAUCAGUUUUGUAGGUGCAUUUAUUUGUUCAUUUGAUACAUGUGAAUCAUUCCUUAACAUUAGUUAUUAUAUGUGUCUAUGGAGUUGAGAAAAUGUCGUAAAUGUGUGCUUUACUGUUUACAAGGAAGUAAAUUGUUUAAAUCCACUGAAUUUGUUAUUGAUUGUUGCUUCAAAAUAUUGAUGUAAUUGUAAAUGGUACAAUUUGCUUGUUCAUGUUUGAUGUUCAGUAGAAAUGUUUUAUGAUCAAACCAUAUUACUUUUGUUGCAAGGUAAAAUUGCUCAAUAAUUGGAGAUUUGAAUGUAUGUAAUAUUAAUGUAUCUUCUGAGCUUCACUUGUUUUGCUGAGUUAGCAUUUGAAUGCAAGAUGUUUAAAAGUUGAUGCAUUUUCUAAGGCUAUAACUGUAAACAUUUUUCUGCAAGUUACAGGGUUAUCGAGGGUGAAUUUAACAUAGUAUUGUUUUCAAAAAUCCUGUUUUGAUAGACUAAACUCUAGGGAAAGUUUGUAUUUCUGAAGUUAAAUAGGUGAGAAUAAGACAAUGAGUGUGUGAAAAAAUCCUCAGGGAUGUCAAUUACGAAGAGGAUGAAAUCUCAAAUACAGUCAAUAUAGCCUAUACAUUUUGGAAACUAUUUUGAAUGACAUCCUUCAGCUUCAAUAGGUGAUGUAAGGAUCCUGGUAAACUGAAAAGAACUGUUUGUUGAACAUUUUUCUUCUGUAUUUCAAAUUUGUUCCAUUUUUGAGAAAUUUCUCUUUAGUAUUCCUUGGACUUUUUCUAUGUAUGUGGAGAAUUACAUAAUUGAGUGCAUUUGAUCAAAAAACAGUGCAAUUACUUCGAAUAUUCUUCUGGAAUACUUUAUUUGGCAGAAUUGAAUUUUGAGUAUUUGGUAAACAAUUUUGUUUAAUAAUGUAAAAGAAAUUGUUCAAUUUAUGAGGGGAAACAAGAAUUACAACAAAGAGGAAGGAUUUUUAUACAUAGAAAUUCUGUAGGUCAUUUAAAUGUAUAUGUUGCACUACAUUGGCCUGUGCAACACACUUUUCAGCAAUUGUUGAAUGAUGCAGACCUUAGUAAUUAAAAGUACCUGAGACUCCUGGAAAUAAAAUAAACAAUAUUUUUGUAAAAUUGUGUUCCUUUAGGCUAGUACUUUUAGAAGCACAUCACAAACUUUCACGAUUAUUUCGAACAACUUGCCCACUUUUCUCUUGGCAAUAUGUAUCGUAUUUUCAUUGUUUGUUGUAUUUGGGUAUGCUGUGACGAGUUCCUUGUCAAGUGUGUUGAUUCCUUACUAAAUUAUCAGAGUGUCUAGUUUGUUAGCAAUGAACUGUUGUGUGUACCUGACAUUUGUUUUGUAGUAUAAUCUGUUACAUUGUAACUUUGGGCUUCAUUGUACACGAAAGCUUUUAGUAAAUGAAUGAAAAUAA